AUGCUCAAAAAUAGCGAUGUAGGCGCGCUCAGAGAGCUCCACAAGGGCAUACAGAGUUUGAUUGCUGCAGCGCCACACCACAUCCGUCAACCCUUUGUAAGAAGAAUCGCGGUUCAGACAUCCGGUCCUGCACCAAGUCCUCCCCGCAUUCAACCUUUCAAAACCAGGAACGCACUGAAUGCUGAGAAGAGAAGAAAUCGAAGCAACGAGUCCGAAGCCGCUGAAUGGGCUAAGCGGAUUUUGAAGACGGAGCGCAUGCAACUACUGACGUGCUUCAUUUGUGGAAAAAGGGAUCCGGAGGACGAGGAAGAAAACGUUUAUUGGAUGAGUUGCUCGAACGACAUGGAGUGCAAAGCUUGGGCACAUGUAAAGUGCUCAGAAGUGGGCGAAUUAUGCAGCGUAUGCAAGAAAGGACAUUGGCGCCACGAAGAGGUAUAG